AUGGAACUUCAUAUUCCCUUGAUCAAUAAAGAGCAACUAGAAGAUGAAGGUGACAAUGAAUCUAUUCCUGGGAACUUCAAGGUUGUUGCAAGAGAAGGAGAUUUGUCACCUAGAUUAGAAUUAUGGGACAGUUUAUACUACCUUGCAAGUGGCAUAAAACUAUCAUGGCUAGUUGGAGGGGAUUUUAAUGUGCUUUUGAAUGAAGAAGAGAAAAUUGGAGGGCUUCCAGUCUAUCGUCCAGAAUAUGAAGACUUUGCCUUCUGUGUAAACUCAUGUGAACUCUUUGACACUGGUUACAAAGGAAGUCCCUUCAUAUGGUGGAAUGGGAGGCCAAAUAUAGAAUGCAUAUUUAAAAGACUGGACAAAAUAUUUGUCAAUUCCCCAUUCCAAUCUCUAUUCCCAACUACAGAGGUCGAACAUCUUAUUAGAACAGGCUCGGAUCAUGCACCACUGUUUAUGACCUGUGGUGACACGACAACCAUAUUUACUAAACCAUUCAAGUUUUUGAAUUUCUGGACAAAACAUGCCAAUUUUAGGGAGGUGGUUCGACAAAAUUGGCUCACUUACGGGGACAUCUUCAAGAACCCAGCUUUAAGGGAAGAUGUGGUCAGAAUAAAGGAAAUGCUUUUUGAAGAAGAACCUACAAUUGAGAAUAUAAUUGUACUUCAAAAGGCACAGUCCGAAUUAAAGAGAUAUCUGAGCAGAGAGGAACAAUAUUGGAAACAAAAAGCAGGUAUGUCCUGGUUUGCAGAAGGAGACAGAAACACUAAUUUCUUUCAUAACCAUGUCAAUGGUAAAAGGCAGAAACUCCAACUGAAGAGGAUCCAGAACCAUGAUGGUAAUUGGAUUGAGUCUCAAGAACGGAUGGCUGAUGCAUCAAUUGAAUUUUUCCAGAAAUAG